CCAAUUGACCUCCCCUGGUUAUGGUAAGAAUUUCUUCUCCCGAACAUCGUUUGAUUUAACCCAUUGAAAGUAUUCUGAAAUCGGAAUUGUGAUUCGCCAUGGCGACGCACCCAGAACAUUCCUCCCACACUUCCCCAAACAAACGCCUCAAAACCCUAGACCAAUUCUCACCAUCAUUCCUUCCCGGAGGCAAAUCCAAAAUUGAAGAGGAAGUUGAGAAUGAAUCUGCCGAUUGUUGCGGAAUUUGUUUGUCGGAAGCUGGCAAUGGCGGAAUCAUCAGAGGAUACGUCGACAGCUGCGACCAUUACUUCUGCUUCGUUUGCAUCAUGGAGUGGGCUAAGGUCGAAUCAAAGUGUCCCUUUUGCAAGCGCCGUUUCUCCACCAUCCGCCGCCCUCGUAAGCCGCCCGUAUUCACCUCCGAGCGCCUCGUUCAGGUCCCGGUUCGCGAUCAGGCUUAUCAUUAUUCUGGAAACACAGCGAAUGGUCCUUCAGAUCCAUAUUCAGAAGUGAACUGCAGUGUUUGUCACAAUACAUCACACGAAAACCUCUUACUCUUAUGUGAUCUUUGCGAUGCUGCUUCUCAUACAUACUGUGUUGGCCUAGGUGCAACUAUUCCUGAAGGUGAUUGGUUUUGCCAUGACUGCAAACUUUUGAGGGAUUACUCGACAAUUGAAUCCGAUACUGAUUCUAGCAUUCAAAUUAGUACCGACACUCUGAACGAACCCGCAUCAGCUAAUGAACAUGUUUCUGCAUAUGAUAUUGUGCGAGGAUGUGGUUCUUCUAUAUCUCAGAGAUUUAAAAAACAUGCAUCUUCAUAUCCAUGCCAUUUGCCAAGUACUAGUACGACCAGAAAUCUCGACCGACCAAUUUCGGCAAGCUUAAAAAUUGUUACAAAAAUUGCAGCACAGCCAAACGCCAGAACUUUACAGCAUUGCCGCGAUCUGCAUGAUCGAAUACGUCUAUUGCGUGAAAAUUGGAAUGGCCUUCGAAAUGGUAACUUGCACUUUUCUAGUCCAUGUGAAGGUAAAAUUUCGAAUAAAAAAUCUGAAGACCAAUGUAGCUCAUCUGCUGUUACAAAAGACGUUGGGGCACGCGAGAUACACAAAGCUUGGAAGAUGAUGGAUAAAGCAAAGUCAACCAGACAGGGUCGUCAAAGGUCUACUAUCACUAGUGUAAGAAAACUGGGCGACAUUAAAAAUGCUGAGGAUUUGAGCUGUAGACAUCUAUUACCAGAUAGUAGCCAACAAAAUGGAUCAAAGAAUGUUGGAAGUAAUGUACAAGGAAAUAAUUGCGAUCAUUCUACGGAAAAUAAUUACUACAAACAAGCAUAUUCGGUGUCUGGAAAACAAAAGUGGAUAAGCCAUUCAAGUGAGAAACUACCAGGUGAAAAAUCAAUUAAAGGGCCUGCUUUGUUGAGUUCGUCAGUCGUCUCAGAACCAGUUGUUUCGAAUGUAGAUCGUGUUAAAGGGGUCGAGCAUACAUCUUCUUCUCAUAGCAAGGUAAAUAAUACCAAGGAGAAAAGUGAGUUGAAGAAAAUUUGUGUUGACAGAAAGGAAUAUGAUGAUGCCAAGAGCGAGAUUCAAUCACUCGUAAAGCUCAACUUGAAACUUCAAACUAAAGAGGAGAAAUUAGGAAUCGAUGCAUUUAAGGAAGUAGCAAGGCAAGCAACGCAUUCUAUAUUAGCGGCGUGUGGUUUGGAACAACCAAAGCCAGGUUCUUGUUCAAUCCCAGGUUUCCUAUGCUCCCAUCCCAAUGAAAAUCGGCAGCUCCAUAAAUCCAGCUUAAUGCCUAAUUCUUGCAGAGAGUGUUUCUACGUAUUUGUGAAGGACAUGGUUAAUACUGUUGUUAUGUUUCACAAGACAAGGAGUCGGGAAAAAACAUGAUUUUCACAUUGAGCGCUGGUUAUGGAUAAUUUGUACGGUAGAAUAGUUUAUUGAUCCUAAUUGUAUUAUGCCCAUCUUGUAUAGAGAGAGAAAUUGUGAAAGUUUACCCGCUAAAUGUUAUUAUUCUUAUGAAAUAUAAUGCUAUUUUCUUAAAUAAUGUGUAUAUCUCACGGAGUCUCUGAACAUUUUUGUAGUUGUUUGCAGAUUAACAUGAGAUCGUGUUUACUGAAUGUGCACGCUUUAAUCA